AUGGUUGCACCUGCAGGAUUAUUUUCCAACCGUUACAAGGUUGAAGACAUGCCUGAUUUGACUGGUAAAGUAGCGGUUGUCACGGGCGGAUCAAGAGGUAUUGGAGAAGCUAUAGUUUCAGCUCUCGUUCAAAAGAAUUGUAAUGUACAUAUCGUAGCAUCCACUGAAGAACAUGCCAAAGAAGCUAUAUCCAACGUAUCAGAGAAGAAUCCAAACGCACCUCAAUUAAUCAAAUUCCAUCAAAUUGAUCUAGGUAAUCUCAAAUCAGUAGUGUCUCUGGCGGAGAAACUAUCAAGUGAAUUAGAUAGAUUAGAUAUGUUAUAUUUAAUAGCAGGAAUUGGAGUGGCCCCAUUCGGUUUAACUCAAGAUGGAGUUGGAAAUCAUUUUGGUAUAAAUCAUUUAGCAGGUAUGACUUUGACUGAUGGGUUGCUGGAUUUGAUGAUCAAAACGUCAAAAGAAAAACAGUCUGGAAAUGGAAAUGGAAAUGAAUUAGAUAAAUUUUCAAGCAGAAUCGUAUCUGAAUCAUCUGAAUUACAUAGAACUUCUCCAUCCGACUUGAAAUGUGAAUCAUUGGAAGAAUUCAGUCAAGAUAGAGAUGAAACAGUUUUAUAUGGUAGAUCAAAGUGUUUAAACAUAUUAUACAUCAAACAACUGGCAAAAGCUCACUUACCGACCCUUACUUCAUCAUCACCUAUCAUCCCCGCUUCCGUACAUCCAGGAGGGGUAGCCACUGAACAAGAAGCAGGAGCAGCACAAGCUUAUCCAAUCCUCGGUAGUGUCCUUCAAGCUGCAUCAAAAGUAUUGUUCAUGUCCCCUGAACAAGGUGCCGAAUCUGCUUUGUGGGCAGGAACGGCUCCUGCAGCCGCUGAAAGAAGACAGGAAGUUCAAGGUAGAUAUUUCACCGAAGCAGAUGGUAAAGUCGACACAGAAUCUGAUCAAGCUAAACAAGAUGAUUUAGCUAUCAAAUUGUGGGAUUUGAGUGUUAAAGUGAUUCAAGAUAAAGCUGGCUAUACUAUCAAGCACUAA